AUGGAUGAGAACAAAGGAAUCAGAGUGAAACCUACUUUUCUAUUUUUCGCUCUUCACCUUUUACUUUUCACCCUUGCCAAAUGCGACUCUUCUUUCCCACCUCAGGUCAACUAUCUCAUUGAUUGUGGCUCCUCUCACCCCACUCAGCUCACAGAUGGAAGAACCUUCAAAUCUGAUCGUGAAACCACUUCUCUCCUAGCCACAGCUGAAGAUGUGCAGAUAUCAGCUGACUCCAGUCUCUCCCCUUCUAUUCCUUCUUCAUUACUUCCUUUGUAUCAAACUGCAAGAGUUUUUCAAGAGGAAUCCACCUACUCCUUUUACCUAUCCAAAACUGGUAGACUUUGGGUUCGUCUCUACUUCUUUCCUCUCUCUAACCCUUCACGUAACCUAACAAGUGCUGUUUUCUCUGUCCAAACUAAUCACCAUGUGCUCCUGCACGAGUUCUCUGUGAGGAACAAUGACUCACCUGUUUUCAAGGAAUACCUUGUCAACGUUUCUGAUAGUAGAUUCUCACUCAAAUUCAUGCCCAAAAGAAACUCCUUUGCGUUCAUCAAUGCCAUUGAGAUUGUCUCCGCCCCUGACAAUCUUAUUUCAGAUUCAGCAACUGCACUUUCCUCACUUGGAGAAUUCAAAGGCUUGUUGACAUCUGCUCUUGAAGUAUCCUACAGAAUAAACGUUGGCGGUCCCACCAUAACUCCUGACAAUGACACUUUGUCAAGAACAUGGGAAACUGAUGGUUCAUACAACAUCUUCCCACAGGGUUCUGAGGCCUUUUCUGUCUCCAGCAAAAGCGUUAAGUAUCCUCAUACUGGGGUUACACCUUUGAUUGCUCCAAACUUGGUUUAUGCAAGUGUUGUGCACAUGAAGAACGCUAAAUUCAUGCAACCAAAUUUCAAUCUCAGUUGGAUGGUGAACGUGGAAAGGAGCUACUCUUAUUUGAUAAGAAUGCAUUUCUGUGACAUUGUGAGCAAGAGUCUUAAUCAGUUAUACUUCAAUGUGUACAUCAACGGGAUUGAGGGUGUGUUAGCUUUGAAUCUAUCAUCGCAAACCAAAGCUCUAGCAACUGCUUUUUACCAGGACUUUGUAUUAGAUGCAUCGGAUAUAACAAACGGUUCCAUAUUGGUUCAGGUGGGACCAACCAAUCUCCUACCAGGCACGGGCGAUGCAAUUCUCAAUGGAAUUGAGGUGAUGAAGAUUAGCAACGUGGCAGACAGCUUGGAUGGUCUCUUCUCUGUUGAUGGGAAAUACAAAGGGCCAAAUUCAACAACCAUGGCAAUGGAAAUUUUGGCUUAUGUUGGACUAGCAUUGGCUGUGUCAACAAUGUUGUUGAUAGUAAUAGUUUGCAUAAUAAGGUGGAAAAAGAGGCCUCAAGGUUUGGGAAACCAUAAUAGGUUCUCAUCAUGGCUCCUCCCUAUCCAUUCACCUAUGUCGAUGUCAAGCAAAAGCAGUUGCCGAAGCUCAACCACAUCCAGUUCCCACACGAGCAAAAAACGUGGCCACUUUGUCACCCCACAAGGACCCGAAAGGUUCUUCCCCUUCAGUGAAUUGCGAAAAGCCACCAACAAUUUCGAUGAGAAGAGAGUGAUUGGCGUUGGAGGCUUCGGGAAAGUGUAUCUUGGAACGUUGAAAGAUGGGACAAAGGUUGCCAUAAAACGAGGAAGUGGUAGUUCAGAACAAGGCAUGAAUGAGUUCAGAACAGAACUAGAAAUGCUGUCAAAGCUACGCCAUCGCCACCUCGUCUCACUGAUGGGUUUCUGCGAUGAAAAUUCAGAGAUGGUUCUUGUGUAUGAGUACAUGGCUAAUGGCCCUUUCCGUUCCCACCUCUAUGGCUUCGACCUCCCUUGUUUGUCAUGGCAAAAGAGGCUUGAAAUAUGCAUUGGUGCAGCUCGUGGCUUGUACUAUCUCCACACCGGCGCAGCUCAAAGCAUCACACACCGUGAUGUGAAGACAACAAACAUCCUCUUAGAUGAGAAUUAUGUUGCCAAGGUUUCUGACUUCGGUUUGUCAAAGGCUGUGCCAGAGAAAGGUCAAGUUAGCACAGCCGUGAAGGGUAGUUUUGGGUACCUUGACCCUGAGUACUAUAGGAGCGAACAACUAACUCAGAAAUCUGAUAUAUACUCUUUUGGGGUAGUCCUAUUUGAGGUACUAUGUGCUAGGCCAGUUAUUUGCCCAACACGUCCAACAGAGGAGAUUAACUUGGCUGAAUGGGCAAAGAAACAGCAUAGAAGAGGAAUGCUUCGUGAAGCAAUUGAUCCACGUAUUGUUGCGACUAUAAAUCCUCAAUCGCUGACUGUUUUUGUGCAAGUUUCUGAGAAAUGUUUAGCAGAUUGUGGUGUUGAUAGGCCUAGCAUGGGGGAUGUGUUGUGGCAUUUGGAACAUGCUUUGCGCCUACAAGAAGCUCCCUCAGGGAUUGAUGAACUGAGAAUGUGA